CAUGCCGGGGAUGGACACAUAGGAUAACAUGCCGGGGAUGGACACAUAGGAUAACAUGCCGGGGAUGGACACACAUAGGAUAACAUGCCGGGGAUGGACACAUAGGAUAACAUGCCGGGGAUGGACACAUAGGAGAACAUGCUGGGGGUGGACACACAGGAUAACAUGCCGGGGAUGGACACAUAGGAUAACAUGCCGGGGGUGGACACAUAGGAUAACAUGCCGGGGAUGGACACAUAGGAUAACAUGCCGGGGAUGGACACAUAGGAGAACAUGCUGGGGAUGGACACAUAGGAUAACA